AAUAGCAGCCAUUUUUAGGGUAGACAUUAUUCCGAAGAAUAUCAGAAGAAAAUUUAAUUAUGAAGUUAGAUUUACGAGCUUUAAGUAGUGUGAAUAGAAGCCGAAUAGAUUUAUGUGUAGGGAAGUUCGCAAAGAAGGUGUAUAGAUCGAGAAUAUACAAUGACAAAUUAAAAAUGGUGACAUUAUCGAGGCACUAUCUCAACCCUCUGCUUCGAUAGG